AGCUUUUACUGUUUUAAGCGAUCCUUCUUCAAGGCAAUCUUAUGAUUUAUAUGGAGAUACAACGGCGCCGGUAAGCGGCGGUCCUACAAUGCGGUUCGAUAAGCUCUCCAGUGAGGAGUUAUUUAAUCUGUUUUUCUUUGGAGAAUUUCCAUCUGGUAGAAAUGCACAGCACUUCCACGCGCAUCAAAGCUUUCGCUUUUCUGGCGGAGAAGAGCACUACCGGGCGCCCCAUCUGCCCAUAGGUGCUGUGCUUAAGCUUCUGCUGCCUCUGAUAAUAGCCUUCUUCUUCCUGUUUCUCGACUCCACUGAGCAGAACGGAUACUCCUUUGAAAGAACGCCUACGUAUUCGGUCUACAAAGAAACAUACAACCACAACAUUCCGUACUAUGUAUCCGCUUCCGCCAACGCCCGACUCAGAGCGGCCGACCUUCGAGAGCUCGAAAAGCAUAUUGAGGUGGACUACCGCGCUCGCCUACAAUCCAUGUGCCGCUCUGAAACCGAAAGGCUUCAGGCCCGCAUAUCGUCCGCCCUCUACUACGGGAGGUUGAAAGAGGCGGAAACGCUGAGAGGUCGGCCGCUACCUCACUGCCAGAAGCUGGAACGCCUGGAGAGUAGCAGCGUAGAAUAA